GACGUAUACAAACUUAUUUCUUUUGAACGAGUUAUUAGAAAUAAGCAAAUCGUUGGAUGGCAAACUAUUUCUGUUGAAAGUCUUUAUUACAUCGCCCGAAGUGGCAUGUAUAACCAAGAUGCAGGCACCAUUCGACGGGCACAUCGACGUUAAGGUAAAACUAUUGGAUGUCAUUAUAAGCGUGUGUCACAUUGAUGAAGCCAUCGAGGUGAUAAGCAAAUGUACAAACAUUGUUGCAUUCAUUUUCCGAUAUUUUGGUAAAUGCAAAGAUAAUUUAAAGUUGCAAAUCAAUCUUUUCAAAUUUCUUACCUUAAUAACGUGCGAGAUCCAAUCAAAUCUUAAUUCAUCAAGUUGGAUAGACCACUUGACGAAUCCUUCUUAUUUCUUAGGAAUUAAUAUAAUGACAAUUUUAAUUGAUUUUACAUCAUUUACGCCAGCCGAGCUACUUAGAGAAAGUAUAUUGAUGCUCGAAACAUUAUCCGAAAUCGAGAUGCCAGACGGUACCAACAUCUUAGAACGUCUAUUUAAAAUAGAUGACUUAGUGUUUGUAUUAUUGAGGUGGUUUUCUAGUGUUUUUGCCGAUGAUACUGACAGUUACGAACAAAUAAUUGAUCAAGAUCGUUGGCACAUGAUGGAAAAGUGGCUGAUAUUGAUGACUGUAAUUAAGAAAUUAAAGUCGUUCAGAUAUGAUCGGAAGUUCGAGGAUGACAUAAAGAGCGUAGCAAUACUCAGAGCCAUAACUGUUGUACUACGUAAUUAUGAAAACAUUUUUACUUUAGCCUCCAAGUACCCCCCGCAGGAUAAGGAUCGUGAAAUCUUUCUUUCAACGUCAUUGCGAAGUGCUGCUAAUACUUUUUGCAAAAGUAUAAUGUUAUUGUCAAGCUUUCCAAGCGGCAAAAAUCUGUCGGGAACCGUGAUAGUCAUAGUUAAAAUUUUAAAAAACAUGCAAAACAUUGACAUUUUAAAAGAUACGAAAGAACUAGAUUGGAGUCACAUAAAUUCAGAUAUGCUACCGUACACGCAAGAUAUGCUGCCAAACAUGUGUAGAUGCGUACAAAGCCUUAAACAGUACUUAAAGAAUUAUUUAACUAAUUCGAGUGUAAAACAUCUCAUGGAGUUAUUACUUCAGUGUAAAUGUUUAGGAGAUGAUAUACGGAAUAUUCUCGAGCUACCAAGAGAGAUAGAGAAGAAAUUGUCUACAAUCGAGGCAACUUUUUCUUGAUAAAUUAUGAAGAUGUAUAAAUUAGCA